AUGACUACAAUUUAUCACAACCCAAAAUGCAGCACGUCCCGCAACACGCUGGCCAUGAUCAGAAAUACCGGAGAGGAACCGGCUAUCAUCCUUUAUUUAGAAGCACCGCCAACCAAAGCCCAGCUCCAGGAGCUACUGGCUAAGAUGCAGAUAAGCCCCCGGGGGCUCCUGCGCACUAAGGCUGACCCCUACGUUUCACUGGGAUUGAGGGAGGAUAAAUUCACCGACAACCAGCUAAUUGACUAUAUGGUUGAGCACCCAAUCCUCAUUGAGCGGCCAGUAGUUGUGACUUCGAAAGGCGCAGUCUUGUGCCGCCCAGCCGAACGCGUCCUCGAAAUUCUGCCCAACCCACAAAAGGGCGAAUUCCGCAAGGAAAACGGUGACUUGGUCGUCGACAGCAACGGCAAGUGUAUAACCCCUAAAGUCUAG